GGUGAGAAAAAGUUCUACUGCUACUCUUCUAAGGACACACCUCCGCGUACACAUACUCCUACGCUGCCGUUGCAGUGAGCCUGUAGCGAGAGGAAGGGAUCCACGUCCGCCCCCGCUACUUCUGCAGAGUACCUCUGCCCUUCUCCUGAGCCAGAAACACUCCGGCCCCCCCGGAAUGUUCCAGACUUUCCAGAAGCGGUUCCACGAAUACCUGGCGGCCCGGCGGAUCCAGAGGACCCGCCUGGUGGGCAAGGAUGGCCGCUGCAACAUCGAAUUCGGCAACGUGCGGCACAGAAACCACUUCGCCUUUCUGAUGGACUUCUGGACCACGUUCGUGGAGAUCCGCUGGCGUUUUAUACUGCUCCUUUUCGUUGCCGCCUUCGCUGGAAGCUGGUUCCUCUUUGGCCUCCUCUGGUACUGGAUUGCCAAGAGCAACGGGGACCUCCGGUGGCAGGAGCCACUCGAGAACCACACCCACUGCGUGGACAACGUCAACGGGCUGACAACCGCCUUCCUCUACUCCCUGGAGACGCAGACGACCAUCGGCUACGGCGGGCGAGCCCUGACAGAGCAUUGCGGGGGCGCCGUCGCCCUGCUCAUAAUCCAGUCGAUCCUGGGCACCGUUAUCAACUGCUUUAUGUGCGGAAUCAUCCUGGCCAAGAUCUCGCUGCCUAAGAAGAGGGCCAAGACCAUCACAUUCAGCGACAUGGCCGUCAUCUGCCCCAAGCGGGAUGGGCUUUGCCUGCGCAUCCGCGUGGCCAACCUUCGCAAGACCCUCCUGAUCGGAAGCCAGAUUUACGGCAAGCUGCUGAGGACCACGGUCACGCCGGACGGCGAGACCAUUAUAAUGGACCAGGUCAACAUUGACUUUGUAGUGGACGCCGGCAAGGACAACCUUUUCUUCGUCUGCCCACUGCUGCUCACCCACGUCAUCGACAAGGCCAGCCCCUUCUUCGAGAUGGCUGUGGACACGCUACACAAGCAGGAGUUUGAGCUGGUGGUCUUCCUGGAGGGCACGACUGAGUCCACCAGCUACACCUGCCAGGUGCGCACCUCCUUCAUCCCCCAGGAGAUCCAGUGGGGUUAUAACUUCCUGCCCAUAAUCUCCCGCACCAAGGAGGGAAAGUACAGGGUGGACUUCUCCAACUUCUCCAAGACCGUGCCUGUGGCGACCGCACACUGCGCCUACUGCUUCCACAACGAGAAAGGCCACCACCACCACCUCAACCAAAACACCGGCGUGGAAAACCAAGGCUUUGAGGUGAUCGACAUCCAUGAACAAUCGGACGGUACCAAGAUGUGACCUACCCUUCAGGGUCCGGGGGCAUGAGAUCAGUUUAUCUCAGGCAGGGCAGACCAAACCCAGCCAUGGUGAGCCCACCAUGUCCAGGCCUCUUCCCCCAAGAACUAUUCACAGAACUCAGGUGGGGGCUAGAAGGUCACAGAACAGCAUCUGUGCGACACUGGAGACAGUUCCAAAGCGGGGCGUGUCAGGUGGCAGGACAUAUGACACGGAUCGCUGCUACGUCCACUACUUACAAUUUGUGUAGGAUUAGUGAGCAAUGUCCACUGCCAAUUUUUUUUUAAAAUCAGAUUAAGGUAACAGGCAACGUUACCUUAAAUCCAGAAAUGACAUCACCACUAAGAUCCCUUCUUGGAAUGAUUCUGUGUUUUCAAAUGAACAAUUGUUUACCAGGCCAUGAAACGGCACAAAGGAAGGUGAUGCAAUUUGUACCCUUUUUUUUUUUUUAAGCUAAAAAAACUACACAACCUCAUGUGUGUCAAAAAAGAGGAAAGUUGGACCUAAAUUUGAGGUUAUUGAAUUUUCUAUACUGUGAAGCAGAGGAUGGUGGAAGUGGGGGUUGGGUCAUCCACAUUUUUGUUAAUUAAUCUUAAAUGAGAGAUUGUUUAGUAAUUAAUUUAGCAAAAUAUUAAUUUAUAAGUAAAGCCUUACGUAACUUUGUGGGGAUUACAGUUUAAGUAAUAAUUUAUGUAAUAUUUACUGUACGAGCAGUAGCAAUAAGUGGGGUUGAUUACCAGGGAUUUUACUCAGCACAGCUGUGUGUUUUAAUAGUGUUCAUUUUUCUCCAUAUUAAUUGAGGGCCAAAACACUCAGGAAAUAUGAACUGCAGUGGAAUGAAUGUUCUGACACUGAAUGUUAGCUGCAGACAGCCACGUCAAAGAGUCAAGCGCUAAUGCUAUUCUGUAUGCGUGGGGAACAAAAUAUGUACGAUGUGUUCUUUGUAGUAGUUUUGUAUCUUAACUCAGGGGAAAACACCACUGGCAAUGAAUAAAAGACUUAUUUUUUUCUGAA